AUGGGCGUGUCGUGGAUCAGUAUUGGGAGGAGGUGGAUUAGGAAGGGAGGGAGGGUGGGGUGGAGAAGGGGAGGAGGAGGGGAGGAGGAGGGGAGGGAGAUAGAGAUUGGAGAGGAGAUUCAGCAGCCUUCCACCUCGCCUCCCUCUCUCCCUCCCUCCCUUUCACCCUCUCUCCCUCCCUCCCUUUCACCCUCUCUCCCUCCCUCCCUUUCUCCCUCUCUCCCUCCCUCCCUUUCUCCCUCUCUCCCUCCCUCCCUCCCUCCCCCCCUCCCUUCCCCCCUCUCUCCCCCCCUCCAUACACCAUCCACGCUAGCUCAUCGAGAACAAGGAGGGCACAUCACCCUCCAGGAGCGCACCAACCACCCCACCCACGACCUUAACCGGCAGAUGCUGGACCAAACACACAACCAAGCACACCUGCUGCUGGUGGAGGCUGCUCUUUUCUGGUGGACUCAGCAGCCUUCCACCUCGUCACCGACUUGA